UCUAUCUCAGCAUCCAUGAUUACGUAGAUAAGAUGAUAAAAAACGAAUUUAAAAUGCUUUGUUCUGUUCAUAUAACCCUAGUUCCUUUUCCAGACGAGCUAUUAAGGCCACCUUUGUUCUGAUUCCGUUGUUUGGUAUACAGUGGGCGGUGGUCAUUUACAGACCAGCUAACGCCAUGUGGUACGAGAUCCUAAGGCUCGUCAUACAGGAUACACAGGGUGCUUUUGUGUCCUUGAUAUUCUGCAUCUUCAACGGAGAGGUACACGGUCACCUGAAAAACUGCUUCAGCCGGAUAUCCGGAAGACCACAAUAUCGACCUCGUCGUGAAUUUAGCACGACUUCCGGUACUGUUUAUACGCAGGUGCGAACCUCGACAGCCACGGAUUUUAAACGUGAUUCUUACCGAGAUUCCUUUAAUCGCGAUUCGUUACACAGGGAGGAUCUAACCUCUAAUGGUAGACAGGAAACACUCCCCCUGAACUUCAGCGAAGAAUCCUUCUGUGGUGAAAAGACAGAAAAUGGACACCUAGUGGAGUCAGAAGUUAAAUGAUGAAAAAUGUGAAGGAAAAAAAAAAGACAAUCA